CUCUCACCUGUGAUCAGGAGUUUUUUCGUCUCUCGUGAAGUAAGUAUUUUUUUCAACUAUCUAAGCAGGUCUACAACAUGCUUAUUCAUGAGUAGCGGUAGCUUACUUAGAUUGCGCUCCUGGUUCAUCCGUAUGCAGCUGUUGUAAUAACCAAACACCAUGAGUAGUUCCGCGUCUGGUUCAACAGGAGACACCAGCAUGCUUCUAAAGAACGGAGGCAAGAAGCUGCACGAGUUGCGUGUGGUGAACUCUUUGCUCAAGAGUCUCCGAACGGAUCCGGAGCAAGGUGCUGUUCCCCCAAAUCGCGCUCGUGCCGUGAAGAAGGGCCAUUUCGUGCCUGCCAGAGGAGAACCAUUGGAGAAGCCGUACUUUAUAUGUGGUUCGAGGUCGUUCGCUCAGGAGAUUGGAUUGGAUACGGCAGAGUUUGAUUAUGAUGGAAUCAAUCAACUUUAGAAGUACCUCCAUAGGGGUAUGGGCAUUUACAGUGAAGGAAGUGCUUGGAGGAGGAGGCUGUGAUUAUACUGACGGACGCACCUGCUCGGUGCAACAUCAUUUUCGAUGUAGUGACGGUAAGUAAGAUCUUGAUUGAAAGCGCUGGCAGAUAGAAUUUCUGUUCGAUCCUCUGACUCUGAGACUGACGAGUAGAUCUUUUUGCCUCAUCUUGCGCUCUUCUCCCUUUACAAGCAUGCAUGUUCAUUGUGCUUCUAUUACUUCAAAAUAUUUUUACUUCAAAAUGUUCAACAUCGAGAUCGAAUCUAAUCCGUCUACUUCUUCCUCAGGCUUCUUCUUCUUCUUCUUCUUCUUCUUCAUAGUACCUGUACGAGAAAAUGAUCUCACUCCCGCGGCCCGCCUCCACGCGCCAUCUCCAAGCACCCUCUAACCUCCACAAUCCGACGCUUUCAAGAAGAUUUUCACAGCUGAUAGCAGUGCAAUCCCUUCAAACUGGGAUCAACCUUGGGCCACCAGCUAUGGCGUCUCGGUACAUGGCUAUUGGGCCACGAAUUCACCCUUUGGUGUCUUCGGGUAUGGCGAUGGUAGAGCGAUGUCGAUCGUGGAAGUCCCAGGUUCCAGGAUAGCACCGAAAAAACACCUGCUGAAAGAAGGAGAUAAGGCAGGACCCUCUGGUAUUCCUCCUCCUGAACAGCACACAGGAUUAAUACUCUCCGAGCGACACUGGGAGUUACAGUUAAAAGGCUCUGGUCGCACUGCCUAUAGCAGGCAUGCUGAUGGGCGGGCCGUUCUGCGCAGCAGCAUAAGGGAAUUUCUCACUUCGGAAGCUUUUCAUCAUUUGUUAAGGCAAAAGAAAAUGCUAAGUACGUAGUGCUAUUUCUUUUUCCAUUUCCAUCCAUUUCUUUCAACAGUAGGAACAAUUGUUUCCACCUUCAACUCCCGAAUAAGAAAAAGAGCACAGCUAUAACCUGCUUCUACCCGUACACCUCCCUCUAAAUCUCGGCGUACCAGCAACUCGUGCCUUGAGCCUUUUCGGCAGCAAGGGUCCUGAUGGAACCACCUGUACACGAGCUUGGUAUCCCGGCAGUGACUCCAGUUCAAACCAGCAGAUGAUGUUAUGAAGAACAACAAAAGAAUUAUAGCGAUUUAUUAUUCUGCUCUUCAAAAAAGAAGUAGGUACUACUACAGGAUGACUGAAUCUGAAAGGCAGAUACUAGAACGUUAGAAUGACGUAAAAUAACGAGGUCGUUCCAUGACAUGACAAUCAGAGGAACAUGAUGACUUCUGAUUGUCCAGAAGAUGAAGGUACUGGUGAUGUAUUUGGAAGUAGCGUACUAACCUUGGUUUGCUGUUUACCUUGGUUUGCUGUUUACCUUGCUUUGCUGUUUACCUUGGUUUGCUGUUUGCCUUGGUUUUUCUGUUGACCUUGGUUUGCCACUUUCCAAUGUAAUCCUCGUCUCCUUCUUUCUCUAUAGUCUUCCCCUCUCUUAUUUAGAAAUACUGCCUAGUAUAGUACUCCCUCUUCUAACGGUUAGCGAAGAACCUUGCGCAAUCACAUGUCGCGCAAGUCCAUCUUUUUUACGAGUUGGGCAGAUAGAACUCUUCGCCAGGACGCGUCCCUUAGAGGAGUUACAGCAGAUUGUGAGGUAUGCGCUGUUGCGAGACUUUGCAGAGGAAAUCGAAGAAGUCUUCGCAGUGCUUGUGCAGCACGACAUGGUCGUAACCGCAGAAGCUGCGAGCAAGGUCCCUCUCACGGUGGAAGUGGUGGCGAGGAUGGCGGAAAUAUUUUUAUGGUGGCACAAAAUAUGAGCACGCCAUAAUAUUGGAGGACCUCCGAUAGAAAUUAGUGUUCAUUGUACAACAUGUACAUGAGCAUGACCCAUGGAAAUUAGUAUUUAAUACCUUGUUACAUGAGCAUGACCAUGUUGAUGAAAGUGAAAGUGACGUUGGCGUGAUCUGGUGUUUGUCUCGUAAUUGGUGGCAAUCACACAGAGUUCGUAGGUCUAAGUAGGUGAAUUUCAAGUGGGGCCAUCAAGUAGAAGUACAAGUGCCCCACUUCAUCUACCAAUGUGUCUUCUCCUCCUGCGACCUUUCAUAUUCUUCAUCUUCCUCUUCUAACUCCCGCCGAGCGCCAAGCCUUCCUGCACUGCGAGUGGCUCCGCGUAGGGUACAUUCAGGGAAAUAUGAACAAUGACAAUGCGUUGUUAUGUGGCAGAACCAUGGAUUUUGGGCCAUUUGGGAUGUUGGAGGAGUUCAAUCCUAAGCAACAGAUAUGGGAAGGGGACAUGGAAGGGAAAUUUGCCUACGCAAAUCAACCUCUAGCAGGACAAGUCAUUUUGAUGACGCUUUGUCAAAGUCUUCUUUAAGGCGUGAACAAACACUGAAGCAUCUUCCUCAACACCAUCCUUCGUUCCUCAUAUAGCUCUUUUUCUACUACUUGAAAAAGAAGCCUUCAAGGACAGCCCCAGGGAUCUUCAAUCAUACUUUCUUUUACUAGCGUGGUCUCAGCUGUUUUUUGGCGUUACUAAAACUUUGGAAAAACGAGGCCCACCUGGUGGAGUCUACCCAGAUCUUUUGUGGGAACGAAUGAGUGAAUGAAUGAAUGAAUGCCACCGCGGUAGCUCUAACUUCCAGCGCUCUUCCAGAAUGACGAAGGUAUGCAAGAUCGCUUGAUCAACUCGCAUCUGAAGCCGCUGCUGGAGAGCUACGAUGCGAGGUGGAAGCAAAUCCACUACAAUCGUAAUUGUCGACGAAAACUCGGUCUACAGUCUUGGAAUGCAGAGGCUCUGGGAGCAUUUCGUAAACUAGAAGUCAUCCUAGCUAAGGAUAAACUGGACUUCAUCCAUUUUUUCCGGUCAUUAGCGAAAUUGGCAGAGGAGAGUGGACAGGAGUCGGGUCUCUUUGUUCGAAGUGGAGGCACUUCUAAACCAGACAAGGAUGUUGAGCUGAGUCGUAUAUUUGCAAAUGCGAUAUUUGAUCCGAAGCGAGGAGAAAACGGUACGAAAUCAUCGCUAUCGACGCCGUGCUACGAGUGGCUGACCGAAGAUUGGCCGAAAUUGGUGGCGAAAUUGAAUGAAGGGAAGGAUGUUAUGGCUUCGAGAAUAAGUAGACUACGUGGGUGUAUUUUGCAAUUUACAUUUCCCUUAUGAAACAAAAACUACUAGUAGACUGUGGUCAAGUAAUGAUAAUGUUGACUGUGCUUCAUUGUUUUUUUGAUGGUGUUGCACUAUGACUAUCCUCGCGCGAGUGAUUGAUACUGGUAGGUCAUUAUAUAUUUUUCUAAGAAAAGCAACCCGCCUCUUCCCGACGUCGCAAUGAUGAAGCAGACGUCGCCGGCGAUCAUUCCUCGAAAUUGGAUGAUGGUCAAAGCCUACGAAGCUGCAGAAAAGGGAGAUCUUUCGAUCGUUCGCGAACUACACGCGCUGUUCGAGGAUCCGUAUAGAGUUAUGCAUGGAACAACAGCAACUUGUUCUUACUUAUAUAUCAUGCGGCGCUUUAUUCUGAAAGUGAAAAAACAACCCUAUCGUUUUUUUAUUGAUUCAAGUUCUUGUACGUUUUCAACCUCGUCCACCACGACAUGAUUUUUCCACCCUCUGCUCUUGCUUACUACCUCUUCUUUCAUGUCCAACGACAUCACAUGCAAGUGGAAUCGCGCCUCUCCGUUGUGGCAGUAUGGGAAAGCAGGGGUUCGCAUAAUGAGCUGAUCUUCGUAACCUCUCUGCUUUUGCUUGGUAGAGAGGUGAUCUUUUUUUAGUUGGUAUGUCGGCUUCUCCCUCUGGUUGUAACAGUGGUGAAACUCGACGUCGUUCUUUUUUUGUUUUUCCAGAAGCAAGAUUGAUGUGUCGUCUUUUUCUGGCGAACAAGCUGACAACCCAAUUUGAUUGUGAUUGACUCAUUGGUUUAGGUCAAAGUAACAGCUUACAUAGGUAAAAACGUGAGCAGUUUCCAACGGCAUGCCGGUGAACGGCCAGCGUGACUGUCUCCGUAUAGGUUGUAAGUACUACGUCUAGAAGUCUCAAAGUGUACUUGGUUGUAAAUGUAAUUACUACGUCUAAAAGUCUCAAAUUUUUUAGUGAUAUCCUAAUAUCGUUGGUGCACUGUAUCGGCUUGAAAUUGGGAUAGAUUUUAAGAUAUCGUAAAAAAGGCUCGAGACACGUAAUGGACAACUAGUAUUACUACGAAACUUGAGUACUUUUACUUACUUGCUCUCUAAUGUUGACCACGAGGUGGACAUCAAAAAUUCUUCCCAUGAUGGUACAUAUCAUCAGCAGCUAUUUUCAAGUUGACGAGGAACACAUCCUUCAAGAAGGAAUUCCAGUAUACUGCAAGAACUGAGUGGUCGGCAUUUGAGGAUGACGUCGUCCUCAAGGUUUGAGAUGGGUCAUUGUAUGCCAUAAAAUGGGCGGCAAAAUCAUGAUAUUUUACUUGACCGAUAGUACCCAUUUUAUCCUACUGCAGCUUGGGCGGGUUUUGUAGUGGGUCCAGUAGGUUGCGAAGACGAACAGGAACAAGUGUGUCAGGAAAUAGAAUUAUCGAUGCAAAUCGGGUUCAAU